CGCACUUGGCUUCGGUAACCCAGCAGAUUUGUCCUGGUUGCCACGACAAGGCCUGGAUCUCCAAACUGUCCUUCGAGCUGGAGUGAUGUUGCUGAUCCCUUUACUGGCUCAUGUUAAGAGUUUAAAGGAAAAAGGUUCAAGGUGGCUUGACUGCUUUCCCUCAUAUGUUUAAUCUUCUCCUUCAUGCUGUACCCCACCUCUUCCCACCCAGCAUGCCCACAACAACAGAUGGCAAAAAUCUGUCACUUCCUACUUGUUGUACAAUUGCAAUUUUCAUGAAACUAAGUGACUGCUUCUUUGUUGACUAUGGCAUUCAAGACAAGAUCUCGAAAACUUGCACCAUUGGAUUCUAAUGUUAUACUUGGGGCAAUCUCGCCAGCUAAUCGGUAUCUUAUGCGUCUGAUUGAGGACAAAAAGGAACUAUCUUUUAAAAAGCCAACAGAGGAAAGAAUGAACUUGGUGUUUCAGGUAUUAGAUGACCUCUUGCCACACAUGGGCAUAUUUACCAAAGUAUUGAAACUCAUCAGAGAUGAACUCUAUGAUGGAAUAUAUAGUACUGAAAUUACUGGGAGUUCAGCACGAGAAUCUGAAAUGGCUGAUACAAUCACACGAGUGCCUUACUUCAGCUUGUUUCAUAAAUUACAGGAAAAAAGAAAUGAAAAGACAGAGGAAGUUUGCACUGAAUUGAAUAAUUUAAAAGAAAUUUUGUUGCAGAAGAAGCAAGACCAAAUUGAUUUGCAACUCAAAGUAGCUGAACUGAACAAGAGCAAUGAAAUGCUGGAAGAUCACAUUACUUUCCUCAAUGACAAGAUGCAUGAAAAAACUGAGGAGACCAAAAGGCUCCAUCAGGACUAUCAAGGUCUACAGGAGGAAAUUGCAAAGCAAACCAGGUACUAUGAAGGGACGAUCACAGACUUGAGAGCAAUGCUACAGACUAUAAAGGCUCAAGUGGUUUCAUUAAACCAGUAUAAGAAGAUCUAUGAAGACCUUCAAGAUGGUUUCCAAUACCCCAUUGAAAUUAAGAAGAAAACUGCAUUUGCAACAAUUUUCAGAAAAUCUCCUGGGAACAGAAAAACAGUACAAGCAACAAGCAAGGUUCAUUUACUUUCAUGUAUUGAGGCCACAAAACAGCUUCAACAUCAGCUUAUGCAAGUUCAGAACAGUGUUUUUGAAGAUUUUGAUUUAUAUUUGGAAAAUCAUAGGAAUUGGCUGGCUUCCAGGGAGUUCCAGAAUAUCAGAGAUGAUCCCGCUUAUUGUAUUGAGGAACUUGAAAUACAAGCUAUAAAUAAAGAAUUUGCAGGAAAACAGAAGUUAUUUCAGCAGUCAAUGGCACAAAUUGUAACAGAAUUGGCCCUUGUCAAUCAACACAAAGAAAGCUUGCAACAGCAGCUGGACGAACAAGAAAAGUAUCUGUUUCAGGAAAGACAAGAUGAAGAAAAAUAUGUGAAAUCUGCACCACAUACCACACAAGCUCCUGUGUCAAAGGUCACUUCUGGAAGCUCAGGAUUAGGAAGAGGUUCAAGUCCUUCGGUACUAAGUGGGUUAGAGAACUACAUGGAUGAAUCUCUACAAGAAGUUUUCUCCGAUGUCUUUCCUGCAAAUGAAAUUGUGCUGAACAAAUAUUCAGCCAUGAUUUUUACCUCUUGCAACGGUGGAAAUUCAUAUGUAGAGGUGAAGGGGGCCACAAUGUGUUUGAGCUGUGCAGAAAAGACGCUGAUCUGUCCACAUAAAAUUGGUAACAACUGUGUGAUUGCACUGCCCAAGAAUUGCACCCAUAUUAAAAUCAGCAGACCCAAAGCUCACAUCAUUACCAUGGAGGCUAAGCUAGAGCAUGUAGCUGUCCCAGCCUGUGAUACAGUAACUGCCACAGUGCCUGAAUCAUAUGCCGUCAGUCAAUUCUUGCUGGAUUCCUCAAGCACAGUCUCUGUAGAACAGUCUAACAAAUCAAAAGAUGACACGACACAACGACCAUCAGCCCCUGGAGCUUGUAAACUCCGGUUGCCACAGGCAGAGAGCAGCUGGCAGAGGGAAGAGAAAAAUGCUCUGGGAGCUGAUUUUACAUCACUCUGGGACUGCUUCAGCAAUUGUGCACAAAUCAAGCAAGUGCUACCCAGAACAAUCUCAGUGAAUCGCUGUCUGUCCAUAAUUGAACACCUUGCAGCCAAUCUUUUGUGGAAAGAUGAAAUCAAACUAAUGAGUGAACCAGCUCUUUCUAUUCAGGAUUCCCUCGUUGCACUCUUCACUGAUUACUAUGUUGUGGAAGAACUCAGCAACUUGUCACUAUUUAAUUUUCUGACUGCCAUAGAGAAAUAUGCAUCAACAAACAGGCUGAUUGCCGUAUUUGGCCAUAUUUUGUGUGGGAAGUUGGAUGCCGUGGUGUUACGUUACAUUGUUUUGAUGGCCGAGCUGGUGAACUGUGUCUCCUGGCAGUCUGUUAGUGAUUUCCAGAUGUUUGUCUCUGUAGUUUAUUCUUUACAGGAUGAUGAAAUUGAGACAAUAUUGAUGAGCUAUCGGGGUUUCAAUGAGAAACGUGUUUCAAAAACACUUGUGAUGGAAUAUAUUCUGAAACUCAUCUUAACAAAUUCUGAACCACUAUUUAAAGAGUGUGAAGCCAAUCUCCAACAGCAUUCUGAGACUGAGCCUGGUUAUCUAACAAGCACAGAAUUUGCACUGGCCUUUGAAAAAUUUGCUCCACAGUGCAAAACAAAACUGAACCAGGUCUUGGUUGAACAAUCCAUUACUGCAAAGCAAAGUGCCUUUAUUUCUUUAUCAAGUGCAGCACAGAUUACAGCAUACUUGAUGUUGCUGCAGCAAAUGGAUCUGCACAAAGAACAUCUACAGAUUACACCAGAGCUAUCCUCAACAUUAACCACUGAUGUUAAACCAGAAGAUGGACAUCUCAUUACCAUAUCUAAGUUGAAACUGCUUGUUAAUAAUAUGGCCAGGAUCAAGAAGAUACAAUUGGCAUACGCCCACACAGUCUAACAGAAAGCAGUCGCUGUGUUGGUCAAAUGACUCAAUCCACUGACUUCAAGACAAAAUCAGCACUUCCAGAUUCUACUAAUGAAGAUAGACGGACUUUGAAAGAACUAUGAACUUUAAUUCUUUUUAAAUGAUGGAGUAUAAUUUUGUUGCCAGUUAGCAAAAUUUUAAUGUCAAAUUUGUAUGAACACAAAAUUCCUGUGCAGUUGCCACCAUUUACACCUUCUGUGCUUCCCAGCUUUAUGGGACAAAUACCAUUACCAUUCUUAUGCAAGUGUCAUAAGAAGUAAGUACAAAAGCACUGCUUAUCACUUACAAAGAAUACUUUUGGACAGGUCUUCUGACCUCACUAACCUGCCCCAUUACCUCCACUGCUCCGACAAUGUUUCACAACAUGCAAUGUUCAACUUUAUUCUAAAUGAUGACAUCACAAAGGAUUGGUGCUGCAAUGAGUCUUUGACAUAAUUUCCUCUUUGCUGGUAAACUUACAUUUGGUGAUUCUCUCAGUCUGUAUGGAAAGGCAAAGGAAACUCAUGCUGACACCCUGUGGUAUUUCUGUGACCAGUAGAGCCACUUCUGAUGUAAAUGUACAACAGUUAGUUAAUUCAGUAACAAACAUAAAGAAUAGGAGGUAGAAUGUUUGGCCAUUGAUCAUUCUCCACCAUUCAAAAAGAUCCUGGCUGAUAUGUUUGGAUUUUGAAUUCUACAUUCCCAUCUACCCCACUUCUCCAUUCACCAUGUCUUUGCAUUCCUCAUAUAAAUCCUUGAAUAAAUUGGAAAAGGUUGAGGCCCCAGCACAGAUCCCACCAGGACACCAAUGAUCACAUCAUGCCUAUUUUUGCAGACUCCCUACUUUUGGCUAGACAGUCAAUCUUCUGUCCAUGCUUACACUUACUUCCUCCACCAGGCACUUUUAUUUUCUGCAGUAACUUUCGAUGUGACAGCAUAUCAAAUGCCUUUUAGAAAUUCAAGUACAGUAAAUCUACAGGCUCUGUUUUAUCCACAGCGUUUCCUACUCCUUCAAAGAAUUCCAAUUAAAUGGUUCAUUUUGAUUUCCCUCUGAGAAACCAAGCUGACUUUUCAUGAUUACCUUGAGGUUUCCAAGUGUGCAACUCUAAUGUCUUGAAUGAUUGAUUCUAACACCUUCCUCAUGACAAAUAUCAAGCCUACUGGCCUAUACUUUCCUGUUUUCUUGAGUAGAUAAGUUAUAUUUGCUACUUUGCAGUCUAAUAGAACUUUUCUUGCACCUAGGGAUCUAUGGAAAAUUAAAUCUAAUGCAUCUACAACUUCAGUAACAACCAUCUUUUAAGGCCACAGGGUGAAAUCCAUCUGGACUCAGAGUCAAGUCAGCCUACCUCUCCAUCAGUUUGCUUUGUACCACUUCCCUCAUGAUUAUAAUUUUGCUAAGUUUCUCUCUUCCUUCCUACUCCUUCCAGCUUGCUUAUGGGAUGUGGAUGUCACUGGUAAGGCAACAUUUAUUGCCCAUCUCAAAGGUCCCUUGAAUUGAAUGGAUUGCCAGGCCAUUUCAGGGCCAAGUUAAUAGUCAAGCACAUUACUGUAGGUCUGCAGUCACGUGUUGGACAGACCAGAAAACGGUGGCUGAUUUCCAUCACCAAAGUACAGUAGUGAACCAGAUGGAGUUUUGUGACAAUUGGCAGUAUGUACAUUAGGCCAGCUGUUAAUUCCAUUGAAUUGAAAUUUCACCAAUGUCCAUGGUGGGAUUCAAACCUACAUCCUUGGAACAAUAGCCUGGGGGUCUGGAUUACUGGUCCAGCUUGAUUACCACCAUGCCAAUGCCUCCCCAAUUGUUUUAAAUCCUUGAUAGUGAAAAUAGAAGCAAAAUGUUUGUUCACUUCGUCUGGUAUUUCCUUAUUAUCUAUGAUUAACUUCCCAUUCUCACACUCUAAAGGACCCAUACUCACUUUACUUCCUUUUUCCCUUUUUAAAAUAUUUGUAGCAACUCUUACUAUCUGUUUUUACAUUCCUUACUAGCUUCCCUUCACACUGAAAUUUCUUUCUUCUGAUUAACUUUGAGACAUUUCUUUCCAUUCUUUAUAGGCUGAUCAAUGACCUGACCUGCCAUUUCUCUUUGCAGAUUUAGAUGCAUUGUUCCUUAAGUUUGAUGCUUUCCCACACUUAAGAAUCAAAAAGUUAUAGAGAUGUACAGCACGGAAACAGACCCUUUGGUCCAACUCCACCAUGCCAUUCAGAUAUCCUAA